AUGGCUUCCAUUAAUAAUCAUCAUCUUAUAUUUUUGUUUACAAUCUCUUCUCUUCUUUUUGCUUCUACUUCGGUAUUACCUUUAUCAAAUGCUACAGUAGAAGCACCGGGGGAUGAUGGCUGGUUACCUCUAGCCAAAAAGCAUGUUGUAAUCCGCAACACUAUAUUAAGCACUGAUACGAUGAAUGUACAUUGUAAAUCCAGUGAAGAUGAUUUGGGGCUAAUCCAAAUUCCAUUUGGGCAUUCUUGGGGUUUUAAAUUUCAUGUUAACAUGUGGAAAACUACAAAAUUUCGUUGUCAUUUUUUCUGGUAUCACUCAAAUUACUAUUUUGAUAUAUUUAAAGUUUCUAGAGACGAUACUCCAUCUGCUGGAGUUUGCAAAGAAUGUAUUUGGGAAGUAGGAAAAUUCAAUAGAAACGGUAUUUGUCGUAUAAAUCGCGAUGGAUCAUAUCCUGACUGUUAUACAUUCGAUACUCAUCCUUAA